ACCCUGUUCCACUUAAAGACACUGUCUUUAAGGCAGCCGAGAUCCUGAGUCGUCCUGCUUAAAUUUCCUGGGCGGGAGAAGAAAUAUCCCAGAUCUUGCUAACUCCACAUCUGCGGAGCGGAAGGGAAAUCUUGAGUCACCACGUGGAAUAAUCUCCUCCCGGGAAACGGAAACAUAGCAAUUCGCACACGGAAAGCGAAGAAAAGGCAACCAAGCUCUCUCUUCCUGGCGAUGGCUGCUUCUGGGGGUGCCGUGCAGGAUCUCUGCGAGGAAGCCACUUGCUCCAUCUGCCUGGAGUGUUUCAGGGAUCCGGUGAUCAUCCCGGAGUGCGGGCACAACUUCUGCCGAGCAUGCCUGAUCCAGUGCUGGGAGAAGUCCGAGGGAGAGGCUUCCUGCCCUCUGUGCAGAGAAAUCAUUCAGCACAGGACCCUCAUCCCCAAUCGGCCGCUGGCAAAUGUUGUGGAAAUACUGGGAGCCGAGAAAGUCUCCCUUCCAGGGGGAAAGGGGGCAGAAGGAAAGGGGAGGGUCUGCGAGAAGCACCAGGAGCCCCUGAAGCUCUUCUGCAAGGAGGAAGAAGCCCCCAUCUGUGUGGUGUGUCAUGUAUCCAAGGAGCACAAAGGCCACGAGGUGAUCCCUCUGGAGGAGGCGUUGCAGGAGUACAAGGAUCAGAUCAGCAGCUGCCUAGACAAUGUGAGGAAGGAGAGAGAAAAAAAGCUGGAAUUUAAAGCAGAUGCAGAAAAGGAAAGCCAAGACCUGCUUAAACAAACAGGUGCAGAGAGGGAAAAGAUGGUGGCUGAGUUCAGGCGACUGCACCAGUUUCUGGAAGAACAAGAGAAGCUUCUUCUGGCCCAGAUGGCAGAAGUGGAGAAGGAGAUUGCAGCCAAAAGGGAGGAGCGCCUGGCCAGACUCUCCAGGGAACUCUCCUCUCUUGACAGCCUCAUCCGGGAGAUGGAGGAGAAGCUUCAGGAACCAGAGAGCGAACUCCUGCAGGAUAUCGGAAGCUCCUUGCAGAGGUCUCAGGCAAAGCAGAAAUUUAAAAAUCCUCCUGUGGCUUUUCCUCCUGCCCUGAAGUGGAAGAUCUGGGAUGUCUGUGAUAUGAAUCUCUUCCUGGAGGAAGUCAUGAAGCAGUUCAAAGACACUCUGGACUCUGGACUUCAGCUGCAUCAAGAAAACGUCACAUUGGAUCCGGACACAGCAAAUCCCUGGCUCUCCCUGUCUGAGGAUCGAAAGAGUGUGCGAAGGGGGAAAGUGUUUAGAUACCUGCCAAACAACCCUGAGAGAUUUGACACAUAUGGCUAUGUGCUGGGAUGUGAGGGUUUCACAACAGGCAGACAUUUCUGGGAGGUCAUUGUGGGAAGAGAGGAGGGGUGGGGGGUGGGGGUGGCCAGAAAGUCUGUGAAGAGGAAGGGCAAGUUCUGUUUUGAUACUAGGGAAGGGAUCUGGGGUUUGGGGAAGUGGGGCGGUGGGUACGAGUUAUCCUCCCCCCAUGAGUUCCCUCAUCCAAGUGAGGAGCCCAAGAGGAUCCGAGUGACCCUGAACUUUGAAGGGGGACGGGUGUCCUUUUACGAUGCUGAUACAGCAGCCCUUCUCCGCGCAUUUCCAGCAGCUUCCUUCUCAGGAGAGACCCUCCAGCCUUUGUUUUAUGUGUCCGCCAAAGGCCACUUAGCACUCUCUGAGGGCAGAGACAGACAAGGUUCCAGGUUCGCUGCUCAGUAUGCUUCUCAGUGCCACCUGUCCUUAAUCGCAUCUGAAUUUCCUGGAAAGGGAACACGCCCAUUUGCAGACGGAAAAGAGAGAAAACGAAACCAGCUCCCUCUUCCUGGCGAGGCAGCAGCCAUGGCUGCUUCUGGGGGUCCCGUCCGGGAUCUCAGCGAGGAAGCCACUUGCUCCAUUUGCCUGGAUUAUUUCACGGAUCCAGUGAUCAUCCCGGAGUGCGGGCACAACUUCUGCCGAUCCUGCCUGACCCAGUAUUGGGGGAAAUCCCAGGGAGAGGCUUCCUGCCCUCAGUGCAGGAAAACAGUGGAGCAAGGCAGCAUCAGGAGAAACCUGCAGCUGGCAAAUUUUGUAGAAAUAGCCAAGAAAUUUCCAUCUGGGGGAAAAGAGGGAAAGGAGGGAGAAGGAAAAGGGAGGGUCUGUGAGAAGCACCAGGAGCUCCUGAAGCUGUUCUGCAAGAAGGACGAAAGCCCCAUCUGUGUCGUGUGUGACAGAUCCAAGGAGCACAAAAGCCACGAGGUGAUUCCUCUGGAGGAGGCUUUCCAGGAAUACAAGGAUCAGAUCAGCAGCUGCCUAGACAAUGUGAGGAAGGAGAGAGAGAAAAUUCUCAUAUUUAAAGCAAACACAGAAAAGGAAAGCCAAGACCUGCUUAAACAAACAGGUGCAGAGAGGGAAAAGAUGGUGGCUGAGUUCAGGCGACUGCGCCAGUUUCUGGAAGAACAAGAGAAGCUUCUUCUGGCCCAGAUGGCAGAAGUGGAGAAGGAGAUUGCAGCCAAAAGGGAGGAGCACCUGGCCAGACUCUCCCGGGAACUCUCCUCUCUUGACAGCCUCAUCCGGGAGAUGGAGGAGAAGCUUCAGGAACCAGAGAGCGAACUCCUGCAGGAUAUUGGAAGCUUCUUGCAGAGGUCUCAGGAGAAGGAGAACUUAGAGGCUCCUCCUGUGGCUUUUCCUCCUGCUCUGAAGUGGAGGAUCUGGGACUUCGGAGAUAUAAAUCCCUUCCUGGAGGGAGUCAUGCAGCAGUUCAGAGACACUGUGGAAUAUGGACUUCAGCUUCAAAAAGAAAACGUAACUUUGGAUCCAGACACAGCGCAUCCCCUCCUCACCCUGUCUGAGGAUCGAAAGAGUGUGAGAGAGGGAGGAGUGCGUCAAGACCUGCCAGACAACCCUGAGAGAUUUGACACAUGUUGCUGUGUUCUGGGGUGUGAGGGUUUCACAGCAGGCAGACAUUUCUGGGAGGUCAUUGUGGGAAGAGAGGAGACGUGGGGGGUGGGGGUAGCCAGAAAGUCUGUGAAGAGGAAGGGGGUUUUGUAUUUUAAUACUACGGAAGGGAUCUGGGGUUUGGGGAAGUCGGAUGGUGAGGUCAAGUUCUGCUCCCCCCGUAAGGCCCCUGUUCCAUGUGAGGAACCCGAGAGGAUCCGAGUGACCCUGAACUGUGAAGGGGGACGGGUGUCCUUUUACGAUGCUAAUACAGCAGCCCUUCUCCAUGCAGAUACAGCAGCCCCCUUCUCAGGAGAGACCCUCCAGCCCUACUUUUUCGUGAGCAAGAAAGGGAACCUGAGACUCUCUUGACUGAAGGUGCAGA